UGCAACGCCAUCUACCGGAUUAUUGAUAAAUUUCAGUUGUCAAUCAAACAAAAACAUCUCGAUAAAAUACGAAGAAAAAAAUAGUUUACAAUGAUAAAAUGGAGAUAUUGUUGAAAAUCGUACCCACAAAUCCCUUACGAUUAACUGCUUCUAGGAUAUUAUUAACUCAUGUGGCCCAUUAUACCAGAUUAGCAGAGGUGGGGAAAUUGGAAUCCCCUAAAACAUCGGGCAAAUAUGACACAGGACAGUUGAUUUUGCAUAAAGUGUUCGGGUAUAGAGGGGUAAUUCUGUUUCCUUGGCUUGCAAGAGUUUACGAUCGAGACGCUAAUAAUAAGAAGGAAUCAGUGGAGUCUCAAGGCUCUCCGGAGACUUCAGGGGAUUCCUUGUCCAACGUGGGGAAGGAAGUAAAAGGCAGAACCCAUACAUUUUACCAGGUUCUCAUAGAUACAAGAGAUGCUCCAUACAUACGUGCCCAGACAGAAGCCGUAACGUUUCUUGGAAACCAGGAGUCUAGUCGCAGUCUGUAUGCUAUCCCCGGCCUGGACUACGUAGCUCAUGAUGACAUCAUCCCUUACACGUCCGUGGAGCGAGUGCCGCUACAGCAUGAAUUAUUUGACAAGUUUCUUAUGCACAAUGCUGACAAAGAUCCACCAUUCAUAGCGCAAGAGACGCUGCGCGCGUGGCAGAAGAAGAACCACCCGUGGUUGGAGCUGAGCGAUGUACACCGUGAGACCACAGAGGGCGUGCGAGUCACCGUCAUACCCUUCUACAUGGGCAGCCGCGAGUCGCAGAACUCCGCUGUCUAUUGGUGGCGCUACUGCAUCCGGCUAGAGAACCUGGGCCCGCAGGCGGUGCAGCUGCGCGAGCGCCACUGGCGCAUCUUCUCCCUGAGCGGCACGCUGGAGACGGUGCGCGGGCGCGGCGUGGUGGGGCAGGAGCCGGUGCUGGCGCGACACUCGCCCGCCUUCCAGUACAGCAGCCACGUGAGCCUGCAGGCGCCCAGCGGGCACAUGUGGGGCACAUUCAGAAUGGAGCGCGAGGACGGGUACACGUUCGACUGCCGCAUCCCGCCGUUCUCGCUGGAGAGCAAGCCCGACGAGGGCGCCCCGGUCGCGCCCUCCGCCGCCUCGUAACGCCACACGGCUUCACCACGUCACGUUAUUGUUUAACUUCACACCCCUAUUUUGAUGGAAACAAAUGCCGAAACAAAAACGCUAGGUGAACGUUCGCGCUCAUGGGUACACGGGGUUUUUAUUUAGGAUCCAGCUCACUCAGCGCUCCCCAUUUGCCUAGUCAAGUAGUGAAAGCCAUCAGAGGCAAAUCUACAAUAAAUCACAUGAAAAUAGGGUCAUUUCUGUUUACAUUUUAAUAACAAUUUAAUUUUAUUGCCAGUCUGUCGAGCGCGUCGCGACAAAUAAACCAAUAGACGUGCAGUGGCUGCUAAAUCUAACCUUUAUCUAUAGUUUUUGAAUAACCAACUAUUAAAAAUGUUGCCAUCGUUAAAUAAAAACCUAACUAAAAGCACCCUGCUCAAAUUCGGAACUUUGUCUUGGCGAGAGUUAUUUGUUUCCAACAAAACAUCGUCUAAACUUGUCAACGAUACGAGACGCAAACGCCGUGAGCCGUAAGCAAUACGGAACGUCUACGCAAAACUUUGGAUGUGAUGAAUGUUUAUUCUAAUCCUUUAGCUUGUAUUUUUGAACUAGAAAAUUUUAAGUAAAGAUACCUUGUUAUAGCUUUAUUUAUUUGUUGACAAUAUAUUAGAAUUCAAUGUUCAUUGCAUCCGUUAUUCGAGUUGAAAUUUCUUAGUCGUUUGUUUAAUAUAUUGUAAUAGAACCGUAAUAAAUUACAGUAUUCUAAA